CCGGAGGGACAGAAUUGUACGAAUGAGAGGGGAAAACGGGGCUCGAACCAGAGCAAGAGACCCAAACGGGAGCUGAGGGCUGAGCAGUUUGUAUCCUAGAGACACGUCAUUAUUAUUAUUAUUAUGGUUUCUUAUGACUUGACUCGUUGUUGUUGCUCCACGUCUACUAGGAAGAGGUCACGUGUGUGGAAGCAUCUGCGAAGCUGUUGACUCCGGGCAGAGGCCUCUCGCUGGUGGUGUUUUGUUUCUGCCCGCUAUUAUUGUAGCAGGGGUGUUGAAAUCGCAAUCUCCCAGUAUGGAAACUGCAAGUGGCCGGAGCACUGGAUCAUGGUUUAGAAACCAAGUAACAGGUCAAUAGCCCCUUUCUAGGUACAGCACUUGGUUUUCCUGCUCGCAGUUGCCCUGCAGGGAACAUAGAAGAAAAGAAGGUGAUGGGUUCCUCUCCAUUUGAACUUCACCUGGUACACUUGGAUCUCAAGGGAGCACCACCAAAGGUCUCAUACUUAGCAGAGAUCUUCCCAUUGUUCCAUGUCCUGGGUGCAAAUGGCGUUCUGCUUGAAUAUGAAGAUAUGUUUCCUUACAUCGAGGAACUGAAGCCACUCCGAGCAAAUGAUGCAUACAGUCCCACUGAAAUUAAAGAGAUUUUAAACCUGGCAAAGUUGCAUCAGUUAGAAGUUAUCCCUCUUGUACAGACUUUUGGACACAUGGAGUUUGUCUUGAAGCACAAAGAAUUCAGUCACCUGCGGGAAGUGGCAUCGUUCCCCAAUAGUGUAAACCCACAUAAAGAGGAAUCAUUGAAGCUGGUCAGCUCAAUGAUCGAGCAAGUAAUAGCUCUGCAUGAUGAUCUUCGAUGGUUUCACAUUGGCUGCGAUGAGGUUUAUUACCUUGGUGAAGGGGAGGAGUCCAAAGAGUGGCUGCAGCAAGAGGAGAAUACCACUGAAAAGCUGUGCUUGGCUUACAUGAAAGCAGUGGCCAGUCAUGUGGUCUCAGCUCACCCCACUAUGAAGCCUAUUGUGUGGGAUGACAUGCUGAGGGGAAUGAGUGAAGAAACACUGAGAGCUUCUGGAAUAGCACAGCUUGUAGAGCUGAUGAUCUGGGACUACACUCCUGACUUCGAUGUAAACAGUAAAGCAAUUCUCAUAGAAAAAUACCAGAAGUGUAAUUUCUCCAAGCUGUGGUUUGCAAGCGCUUUUAAAGGGGCCACUGGAGUGAACCAGUGUCUGACACUUAUUGGACACCACCUUAAAAACCAUCAGCAGUGGUUGAAAGUGGCUGAGAGCAGUCCUGCUGGUAUCAUCCAAGGGAUCGCCCUGACUGGCUGGCAAAGGUAUGACCACUUUUCUGUUCUAUGUGAGCUUCUGCCUGUAGGAAUCCCAUCACUAGCUGUAUGUCUCCAGGCAUUAAAGAACGGUGGCUAUUCAGAAAAGGUGAAAGAAGAUGUUGAAACAUUUCUGGGACUUUCCAGUUUGGAAAUAGAAACUUUCAUGAGUGACAUUUCAGGGACAUUCCCAGGAAGUGAAAUCCUCUCAUUUGUGACCCAAAUUGCCUUCUACCUCAAACCCUCAGUAGAUGAACUUCUGGAAAACAACAGGUAUGUCACAGGUUGGUUCAGCCCCUACCACAGAAAGAGGAAGAAGAUCCAUCCUAUAAUGAUUCAUCACUUUCAGCCAGAUGCACUGAGACUUCUUGCUAAGUGGACUACUGCAAGUCAGGAGCUGCAAACAGCUAUGGAAAAAAUCUUCUAUACAGCUGCUGCAGAGGAAUGGAUGGAGGAAAAUGUGCAACCCAGCCUGCAAAGACUCCAAGAAACAGUGGAUGACUUAGACAGAGCAAUAGAGGCACUAUCAUAGCACUCGUAGACUGCUUUGCUUACUGAAAGCUCAGCAUUGUCCAGCUAGCACCAUGCAGCUGGAAGAGUAUAAUGUAAAUGGAGGAGAAGUUCUGGUGUCAAGCAAGGUUUGAUUGCACUGACAAGUUUGGAACUUGAUUUUAAGAUGAAAUCAAAAUCACCUUAAAAUUAAACUUGUGUCUAUCCCUUUCCUCUAAAAGCAUACCAGAAUAGUGUCCAUAUUGCCCAGUGCAGAAGUGAGGCUUCCUCAUAGUUGUACUACUAGAAUUGAUUACAGACUUUCCAAUUUCAAAACUUGUGCACAGACACUUUAUCCUCUAAAUAAAGCUAAAACAUUGCACAAUCCAAUUAUUUUUAUACUUUGAAUGUUCCCAGGGAGAUGUCAUGAAGACCCACUAAGUCAACAGAUGGAGCAGAAGCAAAGCCUGGCUAUUUAUUUAUCUAUCAUUUUUAUACUGCCUGGUAUGUACACCUCUAGGCAGUGUACAAAAUUUAAAACAGUUAAAGUUUCACAAAAUGAAGUUAAAAAAUCUCGAAAGAAAAACAAACAGUUUAAAAUUAAUUACAGUUAGAAGCCUGAGAAAACAGGAGCAUAUUGAGGGUCUUCCUAAAAGCAAACAGAGAAGGAGAUGCUCUUAUUUCAACAGAGCAUAUUCCAAAGCCCUGGGGCAGCCACAGAGAAGGCCUGGAGCCAAGUCACCACUAAACAAGCCAACGGCAACUGUAACCGGAUCUCUUCAGAAGAUCUUAAUAGGUGACAGGUUUCAUGACAAAGAAGGUGCUCUCAAAUACUCUGGACCCAAGCUUUUGAGGGCUUCAUAGAUAAUCACCAGCACUUUGUAUUUAUUUAUUUGAUUUUUAUACCGCCCUUCCGAAAUGGCUCAGGGCGGUUUACAAUUAAAACAGAAAACAUUAAAAACAGUUAAAACAGAGAUACAAAUAUAAAUACCAAUUUAAAACAACUUAAAAAACAAACUAUCAAAACAAUUAAAACCCUGAAAACCAGGUUAACAUUAAAAUAAUUAAAAACUGAUUAAAAACCCUGAAAGGCCAGGCCAAACAGAUGGGUUUUAAGGGCUCUCUUGAAGGUCAAUAAAGAAUCAAGAUUACAAAUUUCUGCUGGGAGUGCAUUCCACAGUCCAGGAGCAGCUACAGAGAAGGCCCGCUUCUGAGUCGUCACCAAACGAACCGGUGACAACUGGAGACGGACCUCCCCAGAUGACCUUAACGUGCGGUGGGGAUCAUACCGAAGAAGGCACUCUCUAAGAUAUCUUGGACCCAAGCCGUUCAGGGCUUUAAAGGUAAUAACCAGCACUUUGUAUUUUGCCUGGAAACAUAUUGGCAGGCAGUGUAGCUGUUUCAAAACAGGCCUCAUAUGGUCUCUCCGGGUUGCCCCAGAGACCAAUCUGGCUUCCACAUUCUGAACUAACUGAAGUUUCCGGACUACGUACAAAGGCAGCCCCACGUAGAGCGCGUUGCAAUAGUCAAGCCGGGAGGUUACCAGCUGAUGCACCACUGUUUUGAGGUCAUCCUCUUCGAGGAAUGGGCGCAGCUGUCGAAUUAGCCGGAGCUGAUAGAAAGCACUUCUGGCCAUGGCCUCCACCUGAGAUACCAGGGUGAAGCCUGGGUCCAGGAGUACUCCCAAGCUGCGCACCUGCUCCUUCUGGGGGAGUGUAACCCCAUACAGCAUAGGAAGAUCUAACUCACCCCUCAGAUUCUGAGCCCCCACAAUGAGCACCUCCUCUUGCUUGGAUUCAGCUUCAAUUUGUUCUCCCUCAUCCAGCCCAUUACUGCCUGUAGGCAGGCAUUUAGAGAAUGAGUGCCAUUACCUGAAGAUGAAAAGGAGAAGUAGAUUUGGGUGUCAUCAGCAUACUGAUAACACCCAGCACCAAACCUCCUGAUGACCUCACCCAGCGAUUUCAUGUAGAUGUUAAAAAGCAUUGGUGACAGAAUGGAGCCCUGAGGGACUCCAUAUAACAGCUCCCGUUUUGAGGAGCAAUUGUCACCAACCUCCACCAUCUGGAAUCUACCCGAGAGAUAGGAACGGAACCACUGCAAAGCAGUGCCCCCUAUCCCCAAUUCCCCCAGGCGAUCCAGAAGGAUACCAUGGUCGAUGGUAUCGAACGCCGCCAAGAGAUCCAGAAGAACCAGCAGAGUCACACUCCCUCUGUCGAUUCCCCGGUAAAGGUCAUCCAUCAGGCCAACCAAGGCUGUCUCAACUCCAUAGCCCGUUCUAAAGCCAGUUUGAAAUGGGUCUAGAUAAUCAGUUUCCUCCAAGACUGCCUGGAGCUGGUCAGCCACCACCCUCUCAAUCACCUUGCCCAACCAAGGGAGAUUGGAGAUCGGCCUGUAGCUGUCCAUCGCUAAGGGGUCCAGGGAAGGCUUCUUUAAGAGUGGUCUAAUCAUUGCCUCCUUCAGGCGGGGGGCACCCUACCCUCCCUCAGCGAUGCAUUCACGAUAUUAAUUAGGCCAUCUCCAACAAUCUCCCUGCUAGAUAGAAGCAGCCAAGUCAGGCAAGGAUCCAGAGAACAGGUGGUAGGCCGCACCGCCCCAAGCAGCUUGUCCACAUCCUCAGGAGUCACAGAUUGAAACUGAUCCAAUCUAAUACUGCAAGAAGGAAUGCUGGACACCUCCUCCAUAGACCUUGCAGAAAUAGUGGAGUCCAAGUCAGCCCGAAUACAGGAGAUCUUAUUCGCAAAGAACCCAUUAAAGGCAUCACAGCAGAGCAACCCCGGGGACUGAUUGGAAGUAGAAGGAGCAGAAACCAAACUCCUCACAACCCAGGAUAGCUGCACCGAGCGUGAACCUGCAGCUGCAAUGCACGCAGACCAGAAUCUCUUUUUCGCUGCGUGCUCUGCCACCGCAUAAGCCUUCAAAUGGGUCACAUGCUGAAUCCUGUCAGAUUCGAACAGAGUUCUCCUCCACUUGCGCUCUAGUCGCCUACCCAACCGCUUCAGCCCCCGCAGCUCCUCAGUAUAUCAAGGGGCCCUUUUUGCAGCAGGUCGGAAGGGACGCUUAGGAGCAAUCGUGUCUACUGCCCUGUUGAGUUCCCUGUUCCAGGUUCCCACCAGGGCAUCGACAGAAUCACCGGCCGCACCAACGUCAAAAUCCUCCAAAGCCUUUUGAAAUCCCACUGGGUCCAGCAGCCUUUUCGGACAGACCGUCCUAAUAGGUCCACCACCCCUGCAGGGGUGGAUUGCGGCUGUGAGACCAACCUUAACCAGGUAGUGGUCCGUCCAUGACAAUGGGGAAACCACUGGAUUCCCCACCCAUGGAACACCCCCCUGAUCCGAACAAAAGACCAAAUCGAGUGCAUGGCCGGCAACGUGAGUCGGUUCAGAAACUAGUUGAGAUAGGCCCAUAGUUGUCAUGGCUGCUAUGAACUCCUGAGCCGCACCAGACAAGCCAGCCCCAAAGUGGAUAUUGAAGUCCCCCAGCACCAAAAGUCUAGGAGACUCCAACACCAACUCCGCGACCAGCUCCGUCAGCUCAGUUCGGGAGUCAGUUGGGCAGCGGGGUGGACGGUACACCAACAGAAUCCCCAAUCUAUCCCUAGUUCCCAGCCUCAAAAAUAUGCACUCAAUAUAAGUCAGCUGUCUCACAGGGGCCCUGGUAAGGGAAAUGGUAUUCUUAUGGACCACAGCCACUCAACCCCCCCGCCCACUUCCCCUGGCCUGUUCCAUGACAGAAUAACCUGGUGGGAGAAGCUGAGCCCACACUGGACCACUCACCUCCCCCAACCAGGUCUCCGUUAUACAUGCCAGGUCAGCUCCCUCAUCCACGAUCAAAUCGUGGACAAUUUCAGUCUUAUUCUGAACUGACCUGGCAUUGCAAAGGAGCAAGGCCAGAUUCUGUGGGUUGUUGGAGCUGCUCCCCAAGGCCGAAGAGUUGACAGAACAGUUGGAAGUGGAAACAGUUACUAAAUUACUGACUUCCCUUCCCCUGUAACGGCCAGCUGCUCUGCCAGCGCCAAAUCUUCUAUUCCCCACCACUACAGUGAUAGCUGCCCCUGAACUGCUAGGCACACCCCCAGCACCAUCCCCCUCAAGAGAGCCCAAACACAUGUCUGCAAGAGGCCUGGCCCAACCCAAACCCCAGUCCCACCCCCGAAGGCCCGGCCCCAAAGGCAGGCCCCCUUUGGCAGCCAGCUUUGGCGGCUGCCUACAGGCGGCCUGACGGCCACGCCAACGGCUACGCCUAUGGCGAGCCUCCUUGCUUUUAAGCCUGCAAGCCCCAGAAGCCACUCCUCACACAAGCAGCUCCCAGGACAGGCGGCAGGUGAUGGAACUUCAGCAAUCUGGGAGGCUGGCAACCAGCCAGCUGGAACUUGGCUGUCGGCAGCAGGCUGCACUCCGUCUGAGCUGGAAUGUCCACAGGAGGCAAAGGGGCUAGAUGGUAGAACCCAGCAAGGCAGAUGGAAUAGCCCUGCUCCCCUGUUACCUUCCCACUUGCUUCAAGGCAAGCCAAUUUCACUCAAACAUAUCGGCAGCCAAUGCAGUUCUUUAAAAAUAGGUGUUAUGUGGUCCCUUAAGGUUGUACCAGAGCUUGUUGCCGCGUUCUGUACCAAUUGUAGUUUCCAGACUACGUACAAAGGCAGGCCCACAUAGAGUGCAUUACAGUAGUCAAGCCUGGAAGUUACUAGCAUAUGCAACACUGUUCUAAGGUAAUUUACCUCCAGAAAUGUGCGUAACUGAUAUAGCCAAAGCUAAUAAAAAGCACUCCUGGCCAUUACCUAAACCAGAGAGAGCUUUGGAUCCAGGAGCACUCCCAAGCUACAUACCUGAUCUUUCAGGGGGAGUGUAACCCCAUUGAGAACAGGCAGUUCUAAACCAUCUCUUGGGUCCUGACCCCCCACAGUUCCGCCAUCUUAUUUGGUAUGAAGUAUGUUAGUACCUCUGUCUUAUUUGGAUUCAACUUCAGUUUGUUAUCCCUCAUCCAGCCCAUUACCGCCUCCAGGCAGGCAUUUAAGGAAGUUAUGCCAUUUCCUGAUGAGGUUGAUAUGGAGAAAUAGAUCUGGGUGUCAUUAGCAUAUUGAUAACACCCUGCACCAAACUUCCUGAUGAUAUCUCCCAGCAGUUUAAAAGAGCAUUGGAGACAAUAUGGAGCCUUAUGGAACUCCAUACUUUAGUUCUUGCUUUACAGAACAGCAGUCAAGCAACACCAUCUGGAAGGAAUGAUGAGAGGUAGGAAUGGAAUCCACUGUAAAACAGUACCACCCAAUCCUACCCUCCUCAGGAGAUCCAGAAGGAUACCAUGGUCAAUAGUAUUGAAAGCCACCAAGAGAUCCAAAAGGAUCAGUAGAGUUACACUCCCUCUGUCAAUAGCCAAUUGGAGAUCAUCCAUCAGGCCAACCAAAGCAGUCUCAACCCACUCGAAAGCUGGUUUGAAAUGGGUCCCACUCGAAAGGCAGUUUGAAAGGAGUCUAGAUAAUCUGUAUCAUCCAAAACUGCCUGGAGCUGAGAGGCCACCACCUGCUCAAUCAACUUGCCCAACCAUGGAAGAUUAGAAACAGGUCUUUAAUUCGCUAACUCCGAUGGAUCCAAUGCAGGUUUCUUCAAAUAAGGUCUAAUCAUAGCCUCCUUAAUACGAGGUAUCCUGCCCUCCCUCAGAGAAGCACUUACAAUAUUUACCUGACCCUCUCUGAUAAUAUGAUUACAAGAUGAGAUAAGCCAAGUUGGGCAAGAGUCAAGAGAACAGGUUGUAGAAUGCACAGUCUGAAGCAGUUAAACUGUUUAAGAUCCCAAAUGUGGGGAAGACACUUCUGUGGCCUUCUGUGAAGGUUCUCAUUAGUGGCAAGUGGGGGAAGAGUCCUUUUGUGUUUGCAAAAUUCCAUACUGCUGAUGUCAAUAUGCUAUUGAAAGGAUACUUGAGUUUUCUCAACUAUUCUGCUCGGGUAUUGACUAUUUAUAACCUGGCUUUUGGAUGCAUCUCACAAUCACAGGUCAUUUUUGUUUCAGGGAUCAGUUUCCAUAAAAUGUUUUUUAAGCUA